GCUCAGCUACAAAGCAGCGUGUGUGUUGUAGUGAAAGCUGCCAUAAUUUAUACAUGGGCGUUUUAUAUUUUUAAAAAUAUAUUUUCCAUUACUUAUUAUUUAUUGCUUGACUUUUCCAUCCCCAACACACCGCCAUAAUGGACAGCCUUCUAUCGGCGUUAUUUUCUUCUUCGGCGGAAGAGCAGUACAUCUUGGACUGCAUGGCUUACUUAAUGAUUUUAAUGGCAGCGUGCACGUUUGUUUCCUUGCUGUUCUUGAACGUGCCGUACGGGCGGUACGCUUCGAGCACAUACGGAUUCCCGGUGAACGCGAAACUGGCGUGGUUUGUCCAGGAGCUGCCCGCUUUCCUGCUGCCCAUAUGUCUGCUCGUGUGGGCAUCCUCGGCGAAGAGUUCCCUGCUAACAAAUCAGUUGCUCAUUGCCAUGUUUUUGUGUCACUAUACACAGAGGUCACUUAUUUAUCCAUUUUUAAUCCGAGGAGGUAAACCGACGCCAUUUCUGUCCUUUGUCCUGGCUGUUGUUUUCUGCACCUAUAAUAGCUUCAUGCAGAUCAGAUAUCUGAGCCACUAUGCAGAGUACCCUGCAGACUGGGUGACGCAUCCAUGCUUUAUUGCAGGCUCGGCGCUGUGGCUGCUUGGCUGGCUGACAAAUUUGCACUCUGACCACAUCCUGAGGAAUCUGAGGAGGUCCGGAGAGAGCGGAUAUAAGAUCCCCAGAGGUGGAAUGUUCGAGUACGUAUCCGGCGCCAACUUCUUCGGGGAGAUAACCGAGUGGACGGGUUUCGCUCUGGCGGGACAAUCUGUUCACAGCGCGGCCUUCGCCAUCUUCACCGCAGUGGUCCUCAGCAGCAGGGCGUUUGCCCACCACAAAUGGUAUCUUGCUAAAUUUGAAGACUACCCGAAAACAAGAAAGGCAUUGAUCCCUUUUUUGGUUUAGAAAAUACUCAAAUACAGUGAACCCCCAUUUAUUGCAGGGGGUGCGCUCUAGACCCACCAGCGAUAGCUGAAAAUCUGAGAUAUAGAGAGACAAAAACAAAUAAAGUGUUUUUAAUAGUUUUAACACACUUUAAGUGCAUACAGUAUAGACCUAUUAAAACACAGUUUUUGAAGUAUUCCUUAGUGCCUCACUCUCGUGCUUGUUUGCACAGUUCUCCAAAUAAGAGACAAAGAGUGCUCGUUUCAAGCUGGUUAUUUUUCACUCCCAGUUGAAUUUUACUUUAAAACUGGCACAUAAAACUAAAUAGAAUCAAACACUUUCAACAAAACCAUGUCAUUUUGUCUUAACAAAAUUCCGCGAGCUUAAUGCUAACAAAUAAUAAAAAAUGCUAUAUCCUGGCUAACAGAAAUUAGCAUAGAUGUUACAGUAAAUAUAAACGUUCAAACAGCAUAUGUCCUCACAGACAUAUAUUCUCUCUGCGCUUGACUUUUUAAAUUAGGGUUUCGUCUUUUCCAGUAGACCUCACAACGUGGUAGUCUACUACACUGAAAGCACGCAACUUCAAAUUCAGACUUGCCUGUAUACUGUAAAAACCCAUUAAGAAUGAUGGAUUAAAAAUCCCCGAUAGGGGGUGGGGGGUGGACGAUGAACCACGAGCGGGGGUUCACUAUAUAGGAUUUUUUUUUUUACUAUAUGACUGAUUUCUACAAACCUUUUUUGGGAGAGGUGUGACAUAAGCCAAGAGGGAAACCAUUCGACUUUGCUGCAAAUUCAGGAGUUUAUUGAAUUUUUUCUGCAGGUGGGGAGAAUGUUGCACUUCCUCAUUUUGUCCACCCACUUACUUAUGUGCAUAACUGCCACCUUUGGAACAGGUAUGGAACUUCUAUCAACUGCAUCUCAUGACUGUUUAAGGCUCUUUUUACCUCAAAAGUCAUCUACUUCCGGCUCCUUCGCCUCCUUGGAAGUUACGAUACCUUUAAAAACAAUAGAAUCCUCGUGUUUACAGCAGAGCUAGCAUUUCAUAUUUUUCUACCUCACCAGCCUAUGGAAAGCCGUUUAAGCAUUGAUUAUAUAUCCUUGAAAUCCAGCUUCAGGGCCAUAUACUAGUACGCUCUUGUAACACCUUGAAAGAUACUUGGAAAACAAUUUAGCACAUUAGUAUAAAAACUUUGUCUUACUCAUAAUGUUUUUUCACUACUGUAUGACAUUUCUGCACAACCAAUUUAGGCAUACUAGUCGGACAACUACAUGUUACUACUGAGGCAAAACUACUAUUGGGUAUUUUGGGGCUACUAUUGCGAGACACAUGCCUACUAGUUGGGCCUAGUAGUGUUACUAGAGCAGUGCAAUAGUUUACUCGUAAGAUUUCACUCCAAAAGUGGUAUUAAUAGUGGAAUAAACAAGAGUAAGACACCGUCAUUCUACUAGUGAACCCAAAGUCAUUUGAGCAUCUAUUUGCAGUGUACUACUUUUCAUUCUUAAUCCAGCGCACCAGUAGAAUAUUAAAUAAAAUGUUCAAACAACACACCAUACAAGCCUCACCAUUUAACAUCCACUCGACUGGAAGCGAUGAAUAAGGGACCUUUCAUUCAGCUCAAGACAUCUUUUUUUGUUUUACCUCGUCACCGUGUGAGCAUAAAAAUACGAAAUGAAACGUAAUCACGCCUCCGGUCUGUAACUGUAGCAGGCCCGUCCGUCCUUAGCUCUUGCGCUGCAAAUGGACCCCGUGUGGGGGGGAAGCUCUCAAUAACUCAGCCGCGCCUGAAAUGAACGGCGUCGAGGUUGACGACAAUCGUGGAUGUUUUAUGAGAGGCUGCCGCUAUCUAAAGGGAAACGUGAAGCUUGCACAUAAAUGACAAUUAAUAGUGUAGCAUUAGAAAAAGAGGAUGGGGACUGAUAUAAGAGAAAAGCACAGCUGGAGUUACUUUCUUCAUUUAUAGGAAAACUUAUAUGUAAGUGACCUUUUAGACGGCGGCAACACGGAGUGAAGUGUAAACUGAAGCUUGAGCUCCCACGGUGUGCCUGCAGCAAGUGCCAUCUGCAUUUUUUUCUCCGUAAAUCUUCACUCGGGUCAACAGAGGAGCCACUGUCUUAAGCAAUGGUACAAACAUACCUGUUUUUAACAUCUUAACCUAUUUUAAAAUGGGACAAAGCCCUCCCGACAUGUGAAGAAAGUGAAAAUGGGCAAGUGUGCGCUUGCUGCUUUUGUAGUGUGUGGAGUACCGUACUCGAGAUAACCAAGACAGCACACCACACACGUAACGUGAUUGUUUCCUGAGCAGAUCAGGGAGGAAAAAUCAGUCUCGACACUACCCACACCACAAGAUAAUCGCUCACGAUAAUUUUUUCCGAGACAUCCAAUAAUCGGGCCUGUGUUGACUUUGAUCGGAAGAGAAGAAAAAUGGCCCGAUUAUCAGUAUGUUUGUACCCAGCUUUAGCCAAG